CAAAAAUUUCCAAACCCCACCUCGACCUAUUUCUACCUGAACCUCAACACAUCCUUCUUCCUCCCGCCUCUUUCCAGAUUCCCCUUUACUUCCCUCUACACAUCCUCCAAACCGCAAAAAUGGGCUUCGCCGACCUUCUCACUGAUGCUGGUGCUGCCAUGCUGAACAGCUGGCUCACCACCCGCUCCUACAUCGUCGGCCACACUCCUUCUCAGGCCGAUGUUGUCACCUUCAAGGCCCUCCAGUCUGCUCCCGACGCGGAGAAGUACCCCCACGCCGCCAGAUGGUACAAGCACAUCUCUACCUACGAGAGUGACUUCGCCACCCUCCCCGGCGAUGCCUCCAAGUCUUACUCUGUCUACGGCCCUGAGGCCAGCGAGCUCCCUGUGAACCCUGCCAAGGCCCCUGCUGCCGAGGAGGAUGACGAGGACGUCGAUCUGUUCGGUUCUGACGAUGAGGAGGAGGACGCCGAGGCUGCUCGCAUUCGUGAGGAGCGCCUCGCUGAGUACAAGAAGAAGAAGGAGAACAAGCCCAAGGUCGCUGCCAAGUCGGUUGUCACCAUGGAUGUUAAGCCUUGGGAUGAUGAGACCCCCAUGGACCAGCUCGAGGCUGGUGUCCGCGGCAUCGAACACGACGGUCUUGUCUGGGGUGCUUCCAAGCUGGUGCCUGUUGGUUUUGGCAUCAAGAAGCUCCAGAUCAACCUCGUUGUUGAGGACGAGAAGAUCAGCUUGUCUGACCUCGAGGAGCAGAUCUCAACUGAGCUCGAGGAGUGGGUGCAGUCCGUCGAUAUCGCUGCCAUGCAGAAGCUGUAAGGUACUUGAUGAUGAACGGGAGGGACGAAUUCACGAGGCAUGACGGUGGAGAAAUGAUAAUCCAUAGAAAUCCUCAAAAAAGAUCAGGCUCAGGAAACGCAAUAGUUUUCAGCACCAGCAGAGGCAAUACCUCUAGCUCACAAAAGAGUGCGGGCUCGGGACUUUCAU